AUGCCGCCUCGAAAAUCAGACCAACCUCGCAAAAGCGACGCCCCCCUCGAUGAAGACAGCAUCCUUGCCGUACCAAAUGAGUCAAAAGCAUCGCACCCAGAAAAGAAGGACAGAGACAAAGACAAGGACAAGGAGAAGGACAAGGACUCAACAACCAUCGAAGACCUCACGCUCCCCAAAUCAAUAAUCACCCGCCUAGCAAAGGGGGUCCUCCCGCCCAACACGCAAAUACAAGCAAACGCCAUCCUAGCCAUGAGCAAAAGCGCCACCGUAUUCAUCAACUAUCUCGCCUCGCAUGCCAAUGAAAACACCAUGAGUGCGGGUAAAAAGACUAUUUCUCCGGCAGACGUGUUCAAGGCGCUAGAUGACGUUGAGUUUUCAUUUCUAAAAGAACCACUGGAAGCAGAAUUCGCCAAAUUCAACCAAAUCCAAACGGAGAAACGGACCAACUAUCGGCAGAAAGUACGGGCUAAGCAAGACGCUGGGGACGACACGGACAUGGCGGAUGUUUCGGCUGUGGACUCGACGAUAGUAUCCGAAGGUGGCGCACCGAGGGCAAAGAAGGCGCGUGUGGAGGCUGACGCGGAGGGAGAGGGGGAGGAGGAGGAUGAUGCAGAGACGGAAGAGGAGGGGGAUGUGAGGGAUGAGGAUGAUGAAGACGACGCGGCGGGUGAGGAGGAAGAGGAGGGGGAGGAGGGGGAGGAGGAGGAGGGCAAUGCGAGUGGUGAUGAGACGCAGGAUGCGUUGGAGGAGAAAGUUGUUAGAGAGUAUGGGGAUGAGGCGUUGGAUGGGGAUGAAAGUGAUUAG